AUGUUUUCAUCAAAUCCUUUUCAACAGUUUCCUUCAACCAUUCAUGUCUUCCCUUCUUCUUCUUCUUCUAGCUCUUUCUUUGACCUUGAAAAAGAUGGUGUUCAUUUCAACCACCCCAACCCUAACUUAAACCACAAUAACAACCACUUUGUCACUGGGGAUUGUUUUUUUCAUGCUCCUAAUUGUCCGGUUGUCACAGACAAUACCGUGAUUAAUAGGCAGCAGGAGAUGCUUAGUAAACGAUCCGCGUUCCAAUAUUGUGAUGAUAAUAGUAAUCUUUUGGAGUCGGUAAUCUACCCCGCCUCUAAGAAGAAAAUGCCAAACAUUAAAAAACAUGGUCAUAGUAAGAUCCACACGGCUCAAGGCCCGAGAGACAGGAGGGUGAGAUUGUCGAUUGAGGUUGCAAGAAAGUUUUUUUAUCUUCAAGAUUUGUUAGGGUUUGAUAAAGCAAGCAAAACCCUUGAUUGGCUGUUUAAUAAAUCGAGAACCGCAAUUAGGGAUUUGGUUGAAGAAAUGAAACAAUGUUCUUCUUCCGGUGCUACUGACCAAUGUGAAGUUGUUUUUCAGGAAACCAUCAAAAGAGGAUUAGAUGAUGAUGAAGAGGAGGAAAAGAAGACGUCGUCGUCACUCAAGUAUGUCGAUGUAAGAAAGAAAAAAGCGAUGCGAAAAUACAAAUCUGGACUUGAUGUGAAUCAGUCAAGGGCCGCGGCAAGAGCAAGAGCUAGGGAAAGAACAAAAGAGAAAUUGCACACUAAAAAGCUUGAUAAUGAGUCAAAGAAAGUCUUGGAUGACUGUUACCGUCCGGUGAGCCCAUUAAACGUCACCUCACAAUCGACCUUUUGGAGUACUCAAAUUGAGACACAAAGUAGCGAGCAUAAUGGGGGCAGGAUUUGUGAAUACGUCACGGGGCCAAAGAUUUCAAUGCCAUCCGCGGUUUUGUAUGGUUAUCCGCAGAACCUUAUGCCAAACGAUUUAAGCUCCCAAAUCAAGUACACAAGCUUCCUAAAUUUGCACUAG